UACUAUAUCAGAGUUCAGACACUGUUAUACCGUCAUUGUUUUCUCUCUCUUCCUCUGUACCUCCUCUCUCUCUCUCUCUCUCUCUCUCUCUCGAGAUGGAGGCACAUUUUUCCUCUCUGAAGGGUAAAAUGAGCAAGCUUUUGCUUCGAAGUUGAAGACGAAGCUUUUUAUUUGGGUGGGUUGGGUGUGGCUUUGUUGAUUAUAAAUGGGUCCGAUGCUUAGGAACAGACCAUUACCUCCACCUCACAAGGCUGCCGCCUCCGGUCUUUCUACUCGAUGGGUUUGUUUCUUCUGCAUUGGGAGCUUCUUCUUGGGAGUCCUUGUCGUCAACAGGUUAUGGGCUAUUUCAGAUCCUGUCGAAAUAAAUGAGACUUUAUCUGGUGAGACACAGCAAUCAAUAAAAGUUCAGCCUGUUGUGAAGUGUGAGAAUAAGGAGGAUAUGGUCGAGACGGGUGAUAUCCUUUCUCAAGUUUCGCGAACACAUGACAUAAUCAUGACUUUAGACAAAUCAAUCUCUUCUUUGGAGAUGCGGCUUUCUGCGGCUAGAGCUUCUAAAGCCAACAAUGAGGACAGAUCACCAUUGCUUAAGGAAACAGGAAUUUGGCAUUCAAGCAACCGACCAAAGGUUUUCUUUGUUAUGGGAAUUAUUACUGCAUUCAGCAGCAGAAAACGCAGGGAUUCUAUUAGAGAUACUUGGAUGCCUAAAGGAGAGGAUUUAAAGAAGUUGGAGAAAGAGAAGGGGAUCAUAAUUCGGUUUGUCAUUGGACACAGUGCAACCCCCGGUGGUGUUUUGGAUCGUGCUAUUGAGGCUGAAGAGGAGCAACAUAAGGACUUUCUGCGGCUGAACCAUGUAGAAGGAUAUCAUGAACUGUCCUCGAAAACCCAAAUCUUUUUUUCAACAGCUGCUGCAACGUGGGAUGCUGACUUCUAUGUCAAAGUAGACGAUGAUGUACAUGUCAAUCUAGGCAUGGUUGGUUCUACUUUAGCCCGCCAUAGGUCAAAACCUCGAGUUUAUAUUGGCUGCAUGAAGUCUGGACCAGUCCUUGCACAGAAAGGGGUGAAGUACUAUGAACCAGAAUACUGGAAAUUUGGUGAGGAGGGAAAUAAGUACUUUAGGCAUGCAACUGGACAAAUUUAUGCAAUAUCCAAAAAUUUGGCCACCUAUAUUUCUGUAAACAGGCUCAUACUUCAUAGGUUUGCAAAUGAAGAUGUUUCUCUUGGUUCUUGGUUUAUUGGUCUUGAUGUUGAGCAUGUUGAUGACCGAAGCCUCUGCUGUGGGACUCCUACUGAUUGCGAAUACAAAGCUCAAGCUGGAAAUCCUUGUGCUGCAUCUUUUGAUUGGAGCUGCAGUGGUGUCUGUAAUUCGGUAGAGAGAAUGAAGGAGGUUCACCAGCGUUGCGGGGAAGGUGACGGAGCUAUCUGGCACACCAGCUUCUGAAACAUAUUCCUCUCCUCAUUCACUUGUAUAAAAUCUGUGCAUGUGUAGUACUGAAUUGAAAGGUUCAUACAACAUCAUCUGCCCCAUUUUUGCUUAUCGAUAUCUCGGGACAGUUGGCUUAUUGUUAAUUUAACUCGUCGCUGAGGAAACAAUGAAAUCUUGUAGUUUGUAACAAAACAAAAGAAAAAGAAGAGGAAUAGAAGUGAUUGUUUGCGUUGUUAAAA